AUGAUUCACUCUAUCGGUACCCCUAUGCAAGUCAACACCCAAUAUCCGUCAUUCUAUUGUGCACUACUUCAUAACAUUAUGGCUCCCUCACAGCGUCAAUCAGACCUUUCCGAGGUUAAGAAGUGGGACUCGUCCCACCUCGAUCAUAUUCUCCUCAAUCGCAUCAUCAAGCUUGGUAAACAAGACCUAAAGCAAGAAAAGGCAAUCUCAGAAGCACUUCGCCGGCUUUAUGAUACAGGCAGUGGUGAAAAUGACAUGCUCAAAGAUUAUGUUACGGAGAACUGGCUCAAGGAUAUUAUCUUCCUCAAGGAUGGACAAAAAUGUAUUAUUGCAAAAGAUAUUGGUCUGCGUAAAGAUUUUUGGUAUCCAUGGUACAAAGAAUACAUUGACGAUGAAGACCGAAAAUACUGCAUCGCCCCACAUCGCCACACGCUCAAGGAUAUCGACCACACAAGCAAAAAUCGGAGAGCUUUCAUUAGGGGCACCCGACACAGAAAAAUCAUUGACAACAUAUUAAGUAAUCUCUUGCAAGUUUCUGAUGGAGAACUCGCUCCCAUUGUAGCAACAAGCAAUUGGAAAAAGUGCUUCACCGGCUCACCGCACUAUAAAAUCCAAAAAGACGUGGAUGAUACUGAUGCAUACACAACGACGGAGAUUGGUAUGCUCACUCAAACUCAAGAGGGUAGUUUGAUGGUAUUGCGAAAGGUCCACACAAGCAAAUUAGACGCGACAUGUCUUAGAGUAUGCAAAACCUGGAAAGACGCCAGAGGAAGCUUGUUGUAUCGAUUUAACCGCUUCACCUUCGGCACCAAUAACCCAACUUUCGAGGGGAGUCCUCCGACUUGGAUGGGCAAGAAGACUUGGAGACCACCUGCGGGUAAACCUUAUCUCGUAGCUGAGGAUAAUUCGCCUGAUUCGCCUAGAAUUUUCAAGUCCCGCAUCGAGAAAGGUCUCAGAAACAUCAAGAAGCGAGUGUCCAUCAAGAAUCUAGCAGGCUGGGUUUAUCAUGAUCCUUUCCUACGAUUUUUGUACACGAUUGGGGCGAGAAAUGCAGCCCUCCUUCAGAGUCUGCAGUUUUCAGGCGAGGUUCGCUGCCAUCAAUGCGAGACAGGACAAUUUUGUAAUGAUUGCCUUGUGGAGAACUUGCGAGUUUACGUUCCCAUCAUUAACGCAAUCUGCCCCAAUGUACAAAAAUUGGUCCUGCGCCCUCGAAAGGAUGGAAGAGAAGUCCCGGAACUGGAGAUAUUCAAGCAAAAGCUCUUGCGAUUCUUUGAAGGAGAUCUUCGACUUUUGAAAUAUAUUAAGGAACUGGUAGUAGUCGAUGAUCUGUUGUACGAUGGUGAGAGAACGAUUUCAGCAGCUCCGCUUGCCAAGCCCACCGUCACUUAUUUUCGAGAGAGAGAUUUAUCGUCACAUCAAUAA